AUGUGCUCCCUCGGCCUCCCAGGACCCGACGGCUUCCCCCCCGCCAACCCCUCUCUCAACCGCGCAUUCUCCAAGUUCCUCUCCCACCACAACCUCACCACAAUCUGGUCCCAUCCCCUCCGGCCGGCCAUCUUCAACGCCCACACCUCCGCGCACCUCGCCGAAACCCGCCUCGCCGAGGAAGACAACAUCACCACCCUCUGGCACGCCAUCCGCGCCGCCCAUAUCCACGAGGUAGAACCCGUCUACACCCCCGACGAGCUCCUCAUCCAAAAAGCAGCCUUUGCCAUCUCCGUAAACCGCGAGUGGACCGUCCCCCGCCGCGAGGAGGCCAUCCUCACCCUCGCCGCGCAGAACUGGAGCGUCCCCUGUAAGCGCAUCCCCAUCCCCGCCGCCGCCGACCGCACGCUCCCCGUCGUCGGCGCCCUCGCCAACACGCGCUACUUCCUCGGCCUCCCGCCCGGCAGCCCCAUCCUCGCGUACCGGCGGCACAGGAGCCUCGAGCCCCACGACCGGCGCAACUUUGCGUACAAGGGCCGCGUGCCGCACCCGCCCGCCGUGCGCAUCGCGCGCAUGCGGCACCUUGCGGGAAAGGUGGCCUCGCAGGUCAUCUCGCUGCUUGCCUUCGAUCCAAACAACCCAUCCGGCUUCACGGCACCGGAGUACGCAACGCUUCUCACCGCGGAUUUGGACGACGGCGUUUCCGUUAGGGAGGUCCACGCCCGCUGGAUCGCGCGGUUCGAAAUGGGCCAGCGGACGGCGUACUCCCACGCUUUGCGUACAUCAUCCGCCGUCAAGGAACUCGCGUCGCUCAUCCUUUCGACGAAGCGUGAAGAGUUGGCGGACGAGGAGUGGGCGGUGCUAGCCGCGCUGGCGGACGUGGUGACAUGGGAUCGGCCUACGGGGCAGCACCCCGAGGUUUGGCUGAAUGUGAUCGCGAAGACCUACCAUGCCGACGAGGGCAAAGAGGUGUUACACAACAUAUUCGAAGGCGGUAUCAUCAAUGAUGUGUUGGUGUACCAUGCAGAUGUCCUCCUAGGAAAAACCAUCCACGAAUACUACGCCCAAAAGUACACCGGCGCCUACGUCGACGACCGCGCCCUCUUCGUCCCAGACACCCUCCACAACCGCGUCGACGUCGCCCCCGUCGCGCUCACCCCCGACCUCCGCGCCGUCGCCGACCGCCUCCGCGCGCAGCUCCUCCGGCCCGCCGACCCCCCCAAGCCGGAGUCGGACGACGAAGACGACGACGACCAAGGACUGUCCAUCACGGUCAAAACCGACGACGGCAGCCUGCCAACCUCGCCGAUAAAGCCCUCACACGACACAUCCGCCUACAUCCCUCCCGCAAUAAUGUCGACCCCCUUCUCCCUCCGGGGCCUCUUCCGCCCAACUACCACCCUCACAACACCCUUCACAACAGCCGUCCGCGCCUUCACAACAACCCCGGCCCCCGCCCGCCGCGGGGCCAGCGUCUCCGCCGCGACGCCCGAAUACACCAGAAAGAUCCUCAACCUCAAACAGCACCUCUUCGCCCGCGCGCCCCCUCCCCUGCGCAUGGCCCGUAAUCGCCACCUCCGCCACUGGACCAUCCACCGCGCCUGGCUCCUCCUCCAGCGCCAGCAGCGCGAGGCCCGCGAGCGCGAGCUCUACCGCAUGCACCAGGGCAUGUAUAACGCCGCCGAGGAGCUGCGCCACACCGCCGGCCCGGGAACGAGGGACGAGGGUUGGCUGUACCGCAUCUCCCAGGAGAAGAAGGGCGUCUACGGGGCCGGGGCAGUGCCGAUCGAGUAUGCGAGGUACCAGACCGAGACGCCGGCUAGGGUCGCGUGGAACCAUGAUUGGAAGAGGUAG